AUGAACAACACGCAGGGUCCAAACACCUUCAACGCAACUCUGGCGUCAGUUUCAACGUUUCCGGGCCUCAACACGAUGGGUCUCUCGAUCGCGAGGGUCGACUUUGGCGUCGGGGGUGUGGUUCCGACUCACGUCCAUCCCAGAGCAUCGGAGCUCGUCUACGUCGCGGAGGGGACAAUCUCGGCCGGAUUCGUGGACACCAACAACGUUUUGUUUGCUCGGACGCUCCAGAGAGGUGACUUGAUCAUCAUUCCCAGGGGUCUGCUCCACUACCUGUACAACGUUGGCAGUGAGCCUGCUAUUGCGUUUGUGGUGUAUAACAGCCAGGAGGCUGGACUCCAGCUGCUGGGGCCGAGCUUGUUUGGAUCAGAGAUCCCCACUCCAGUUCUUGCGUCGUCGCUGUCUCUCAAUGAGAGCACCAUCGCUGCCUUGCGAGGAAUCUAUGCUCCUUCCUCUUGA